ACCUACUUUCACAAAAUAUCAGAAGCGUUUUCUAGAAAUUUAAUUGAAAUAAAAUGUUGUCAUUUACGACUAAUACAAUAUUUCGCUUAGGACAAUCUACAAAUGUAGUUAUUCAUAUCAAUAAAUUUCACACAUGUUUUACUGUAUAUUUAGAUCAGAGACGGAGAGAGAUAAAAGGAUUAAUAGCAAAUCCAAAUAAACAUGGACCAUUGGUUACUUUACCUGAUUAUUCUUUUAAAGAUAACAGACCUACUGCAUAUGGUUCAAGACAAUUAUAUCGUAUACAAAAGCAUCAAAAUUAUGUGAAAAGAAUUCUUCAACUAGUUAAAGAAGUUGAUUAUGCAGUUGAAAGGCACGCUAAAUUAAAAAUGACAGAAAAAGAAGAACAACAAAAACUUUUAGAAAAUGUAUUAAAACCUAAAGGACAAGAAUUAAUCACUAGUAAUUAA